AUGCUAUGCAGUGCUGUGUUGUCUAGUCUAUGCUAAAUCAAAUGGUCCAGGCUAUAAUUUUUCCACAUAUUUUUUACUUUAAUUAUAACCACAAAUUCCUUUUAAGUAAUUAAGUGCCAAUGAUAAUAAAUUUAGUAGUUUUAUGGAAAAGUAGAAAAUAGCAUAAUCCGACUGGACAUUUCGACAACAAUGUUUUCUGGCAAAGAUGCGGUGAACCCCGCAUAUCCCACGCAGUGGGCACUUAAUCCUACCGCAUAUCAAAAUAUUGAUUCUAGUCAAGUAGACUGGGCAACUUUAGCACAACAAUGGAUUGCUAUGAAGGAGGCUGUUGUUUCUGUGCCUCAACCGCCACCAAAACCAGACUUAGAAGGCGGAGAGGCCCCAAUGGAGGUUGAAAAUCCGGACACAAACAGCGAAAGUGUACCACCAGCUGGUGCUGCAUGGAAUGCUUCCACAAACUCAUGGGGUAAUUCUUGGGACCAAUGGGGGUGGGGUUGGGAUGGAAAUGACUCUAAAAUUGCUGCAGAUCCCUCAAUAUCAAUUCCACCGCUGAUGGAUGGGUACAAUGUACCACCAGAGAAUGCGGCAAAUAUCCCAGGAUACACAACAGCAGCAGUGACAACUCCAACUUUUCAGCAUGGAUAUUGGACAGCAUCUCAAGGAGAUCAAGCAAAUAAUAGAAGUAACAGUAGGAAUAGAGAGAACAGAUCUAAGAUCAAAAAUGCAGAACCCAAACCAUUACUUCCUCGGAAUAUCAGACCACCAAGAGAAAAAAUUCACCUAAUACCUACUGUAGUAGAUCCUAUGACUAUGCCAAUGCCCGGAACUACUAUGACUAUUGAUGCUGCUAAAAGAAGACAGCUGCCUGCCUGGAUCAGAGAAGGCUUAGAAAAAAUGGAAAGAGAAAAGCAAAGGGCGAUAGAAAGAGAACAGGAGCAGAAAGCAAGAGAAGAAGCAGAGAGGGAGAAGAAGAGAUUAGAAGAAGAAGAACUUGCCAGGAUGAAAGCAGAAGCAAGCGGACAACCAAUGUUACCAGCUAAGAGCAAAUUUGACUCUGACUCAGAGACUGAAGAACUGUCGAAAGAAGAUCGUCAGAAGAAAGAAGUGAAGCCGAGCUUGGAUCGCCUGGUGGAGACGCCGGAUGAUGUGGAGGAGGAGGGAAAAUCUGUGUUAGUAAAAAAGAGUAAGGAGGAAAUUAUGCAGGAAGUUAUGUUCGCGGUACGACGAUCGCUAACAGAAAUCCUGCUGGAGGUAACCGACCAGGAGAUUCAUACGGUGAGCCAGGAAGAAUUGGCCAGAUAUAACGCCGCACAAGCUUCGCGUCUCAACGCCAUGAAAGCGAGCAAGUCCAAGGCGCUCGCCGCCAUCGCCAGUGGUCUCGGGCUUGGUGCGUACGAUAGCAGUAGCGGAGAAAGUGCAGAUGAAGACGACCAGAACAACAUAUCCGAUCAACAGUUGCAGGAGAUGAUAAAGAGGAAAAAGCAAGAGUUCGAGCGGACGGCCCGAGACAUCGAGGCAGAGGUGAGGCGCGCGGAGCUGCGCGAAACCGCCGAGGAGCCCACCACGCCCGUCACCACGCCUGAUAGACCCGCCAGAUCGAGAUCAUCGGCGACACCCCCACCUAUAGAAACGGAUACACCAGAGAAGAGACCGGAACGUCGGAUCUCAAAAGAUAAAAGAAAUAACAAUAAAUCUAUCGACAAAGUUGACAGUGCGAGGAGGUUGAGUACGAUACAGGAGGAGAAAGUCAAAAAGAUAAAUAAAUGGGAGCAAACUCCGAGCCCACGAGCGAAAGCGACGAGUGACGCAGACAGCUCUAGUUCCUCCAGUGAUUCAGAAGACUCAUCCUCUAGUACCAGUAGCACUUCUUCACACAGCGAGGUGGACAUCAAACCCGUAAAAACUAAGAAACGUAAACGGGCAAGCUCUAACGAUAUUGACUCUAAAAAGAAAUCAAGCAAACAAACGUCAAAGAGGUCACAUAGGACAGACGAAAAGAACUCAAAGUCGAAUCACAACGACCACGAUAAGUACAAGUCGCGAUCAAAGACAAAAAAAGAAUCUGACAGACAUAAAUCAUCGAGAAGCGACAAACACAAAGACAAAUACAGAGUCGACUCGGAGGACGAGAGACAUGACAGGACGAGGAAACGUUCCAGACGGUCUACAAGCUACGAGUCAAAGUCGGGUAGGAAGAAGGCGUCCAGGGAUCGAUCACAGGAAAAACGGCGGCGCGACAAGAAGUCGCAUGACAGAGACAGGUCGUACGAUAGAUCGGGUCGCGACUACGACAGGUCUGGUCGGGACCAUGACAGGUCAGGUCGAGACCACGACAGGUCUGGUCGGGACUACGAGAAGCACGAUAGGUAUGAGCGUAGGCGUUCGAGAAGCAGAAGCCGAUCCAGACAUCGCCGGUGAACAACAGGGUAACGGCAUGACAGGUUGGAGAGCAGUCGUAACGUUUGCGUCGCAAAAUGUAAAUAUAUUUUAGUGUUUUGUGUAUAAUAUUAAAAAGAGAUAUGACAUCACGGCGUCGCAUUAUUCCAAUAAAAACUUGCGGUCCCAUA